CCUCCAGAGGCAGACCAACGAGCCACUGAGCGGUAAGAUGCGGUAAGUUCCAAGACGGGUUCAGAGAGGUUCAGACGGGCGUGUGGGAAGAGCCUCAGAAUCAAUAUUGCAGAAGAUGUUGCAUAGGACCUGAAUGUUAACUGUUAGUCGAAACACUCACUGGAAAAUAGGGGUCUCCCUUGCACUCUGGCAGAUUUUCAGUUGCAAGGCAAAGAAGUACUGCGAUGAUUUGCUUAGGAGAAACAGGGCGCUGGAAGUGAAAAUCGCCUCCAUGAAAGCCUUUAUCCAGCAUGCGCGGGAGCAGCAAGCCAAAGAGGAAGAAGAUGAUGGCAUGGGACCAGGUCAUUCGUUUGCAAACGUCAGUGGCUUUGGCAAAGACGACGGAGCUGUUCCUCGCGACUCUGCGCGGAGCGGCGCACGGGGCUCCUGGGCCGAGGCGCCAGCGGUGCGCCGGUCCCUGGCUGAGUUGCCACGACCGCGUUCAUGCAGCCCGGGGUGGGACUGAGCAGCUCAAGAGGCGCCCAGAAAGAGCUGCAGGGCAGAUGCACAGACUUAGUGUGUUGUUGGGGUCUUCGAGAGGCGUAGAACUACGUGAAAUUGCGGAGAGUAGCGGUGAAAAUUGCGCGAGAGUAGCUCAAAGCGAAGCUUAGAGUUGCUUCAACCGGAGAAUCACUGUGGACUUGCGCCAUGUUUUUGCACCGGGCCAAUGUUGCCCGCGAGUGCGAUAACCCGUCGCAGUCUGCAAGUGCCAAGAUGAACUCCG